AUGUCUUCAGUUCAUGGGAAUAUGCGCGUCGGGGAGCUGAAUCCUUUCCAGAUGUAUCACGAAGGAGCUCUGCAGAUGAGCAACAUGGUGAACGCAGGUGGGUCAAAACUACUUUUUUUGCCUCAAACUUCCUUCCUUGUUUAUAGUCCUGACAACUCUGCACCCUGCACAACUUUUCAAAUCAACUGCCGCUGAUUCUUUGCGUAAUUUACGCACGAGCCCAGCGUCUGUAACUCCGGUCGAUCUAAUGUACGUGCGUUUUCCUUCCAGACUUUGGGGCGUCGGAUGUUACAAACUUCUUCAGCUCUGAAAACUCGGUGCCGAGGGCUGAUAAAUGCGUGGCGAUCCUGACUCAUAGGAGGAAGAGGACUAACUUCACCCAGCAGCAAAUCGAGGUGCUGGAAAAGGUUUACUCUGACACCAAAUAUCCUGACAUCUACCUGCGGGAGAGGUUGGAGGCACUGACUGGACUGCCGGAGUCUAGAAUUCAAGUAAGCCCACAUUUGACGCCUGCUCCAUAAAGAGAAAUUGUAUGAAGUACCUUCAAUAUGAGUUAUGUUUUACCUAAGUGUUUUUGGUGUUGUUUGCUCCACAAUGUCAGGUGUGGUUCCAGAACAGAAGGGCCAAAUCUCGUCGUCAAGUUGGCUCAUCAGUGUCCUUGAAGGUGUCCAGCACGCCUGCAGCAGGAACCUUCAGUCAAAGAUUGAACAGGAUGGGCCCAGAGAAAGGUAAGACAACCACCUGUGUGUUACACCAGAAAAAUAGUUCUUCCAUUCUAGUUGGAAGAAGAGGCAACUUGCAUCUGAAAUGUCAUUUCUAUGUAAUUCUGCACCUGACAGAACCGUUGAUUAUUAACAGCACUAUUCUUUUUUGAAACCCAAUGCUGCAAAUAAAACAGGCAGAUCAUCAAAUGGUCAAGUUUAUAAAUAAACUGAUACCAAUGGGACAAAUUAAGAAAUUGCAAGUGUAAUUAAACCUUUUUUCCAUUUCCUCUUUCCAGCUUUUGACAACCAUACAACUGAAGCACACAGGAUAGGAGGUUUUGGUCUUGGUGACAGUUUCAGACCCACAAUGCACCAAAACACAGAUGAUAAACACAGAACAGGUGUACCUACUAAACCUAGCAGCAACCACUAUGAGCGCACAUCCCUGUCCUGCGUUUAUGACAAAGAAGGAACCAGAGUGAAGCCUGAGCAGAUGCAACAACUUGAGCUGAGUGUGAAUGUGCCAUGCUGUAACGUACACCUGUACCCCAAAGAGAACCAGAGUCAGCAGGGCAGCAUUGCAAGCAACCAGGGUCCAAAGGUUCUGGUGGAUUAUGACAACUUCCCUCCGAAUAAAACCAUCGGACCAGAGAUGAAGGUUGUGAUUCCUCCCAUUCCCACUCAGACUAGCUUCAGCAGGUCGUCACCAAAGGAGAAUAGGUGUCAUAUUCAGUAUCCAUGCACGAGGAGUGGAGGGGACAGGUUUGAUCACUUCUCCCCAAUCCAUGGCACUGAAGCACAGGACUUCACUGACUCUGACUCUGACUGGGAGAAUGAGGCUAUGGCUAGCUUUGGAGGCUUUAUUUGA